UAAUGAAAAAAAAAAAAGAAUGUAAACGACUAGUAUCAGGCUGCAACAUAACACAAUUGAAAAAAAGACUGCAGACACAGUACAGGGGAUGACCAGAGACUGCAGACACAGUACGGGGAUGACCAGAGACUGCAGACACAGUACAGGGAUGACCAGAGACUGCGGACACAGUACAGGGAUGACCAGAGACUGCGGACACAGUACAGGGAUGACCAGAGACUGCGGACACAGUACAGGGAUGACCAGAGACUGCGGACACAGUACAGGAGAUGACCAGAGACUGCGGACACAGUACAGGAGAUGACCAGAGACUGCAG